UGAGCCGCCUAGCGAGAACGCCUGGAUCCUGACAAGCCGUCUUCUUCUUCUUCUUCCUCCUCCGUCAGGAUGAAGAACCAAAAGAAAAAAAGACGAUGUUUUUUCCUCUUAGUUUUCCUGGUCACUCUUCUUCUGUCUCCCUCUCUGGCAAGGCAAACUGACUACGCUCCCUAUUUCUAUGACAACGGACCGAGCAGCACCAAUGGGAACAUGGCUCUGUUCAGUAUCUCAGAAGACACAGAAGUCGGAACACAGCUAUAUAUCCUAAACGGUACCGACCCAGAGGGGGAUGCCGUGUGGUUUGGCCUGACCUUUGAGAAGGGCACCAGAGAAUACCUGAGAGUGGACCCUAAGUCAGGGAACAUAACUCUCAUUCAGGAACUAGACAGAGAGAAACAAGGUGAAAUCUUGGCUUUUGUUAGCAUAACAGAUGGUCGGAAUAAGGUUAUCGAGACGAUACGGGUGUUUGUCACCGACGCCAAUGAUGAGCAACCAGAGUUCCAGAACCUGCCUUUCACCGUGGACGUCCCCGAGGACACCGCAGCUGGAAUCAGCAUUUACAGAGUGCAAGCGGUGGAUAAAGACAUGGGCUCUGGAGGCAGUGUCAACUACUACUUACUGGGCACCACUACUACCAGGUUCACCAUCGACGGCCACAGUGGGGUCCUGCGGAUCAAACCAGGCGAGACGCUCGACUACGAGACCACAGCAACACACUUUGUGAUAGUGGUUGCCAAGGAUGGGGGUGGGCAGUACAAAGGGAAGCAUCAGGUGUUGACGUCUACAGCCACCAUCACCAUCAACGUCCUCGACGCCCAAGACACUCCUCCAGCCUUCGUUGGAACUCCUUACUUUGGCUACGUCUACGAGGUCUCACUUCCUGGUUCUGAAAUAUCCACUGUGUUUGCCAAAGAUGGAGACGAAGGAAACCCUAAUCCUAUUCAUUAUUCUAUUACCAAUGGCAGUGAGGGUGUCUUCACCAUCAAUAGCACAAGUGGUUGUAUCAGCCUAACAGCUUAUCCAGUCACGCUGAGGAAUGAAUUAUAUGAAAUCCAAGUCAAAGCCACUGAGAUGGGGCAGAGUGAGGAGCUGUUGGACUACUAUACCAUGACUGUGGUGACGGUUCGAGUGGUGGAUCUCAACAACCACCCUCCUACCUUCUACGGAGAGAACGGGCCCCAGAGCCAGUUCGAGGUGACCAUGUAUGAGCACCCUCCAGAGGGGGAGAUCCUCAGGGGGCUGAAGAUAACGGUCAACGACUCUGAUCAGGGUGCGAAUGCUAAAUUUAAACUGAGGUUGGUGGGGCCUGGUCGUGUGCUCAGAGUGGUGCCCCAGACGGUCCUCAAUGAAGCACAGGUCACCGUCAUCGUUGAAGACUCCGCUGCCAUCGACUACGAAAAAGGCAAAUCCUUAACAUACAAGUUACUAGCGGUGGAGAUUGACACCCCUGAGAGGUUCAGUGCGACAGCUGAUAUUGUGAUUCAUCUUUUGGACACCAAUGACAACACUCCCAGGUUCACCUCAGAGUAUUACAUCGCACGUAUUCCGGAAAACUCCCCCGGAGGCUCCAACGUUGUGUCUGUCACCGCCAAUGAUCCAGACUCUGGCCUUUGGGGUGAAGUCAAGUACUCCAUCUAUGGAUCCAGAUAUGAUCUGUUUCUCAUCCAUCCGUCUUCAGGCAUCAUAUACACCCAGGCCUGGGCCAUUCUGGAUGCUGAGGUCAAGUCCAAGUACAACUUCUACGUGAAGGCAGAGGACACAGAGGGAAAGUACAGCCUGGCGGAGGUGUUUGUCACUGUCCUGGACAUCAACGACCACGUUCCAGAGUUCGAUGACAGCCGUGUGGAGAGGACCAUGGUCAUUGGCGCACCUGUUAAAGUAGAGGCAAUAGAUGCCGAUGCAGGGUCGCCCAAUAACAUCAUUGAGUAUUCCAUCAUGCAAGCUGAGCCGGACAACAUCUUCGACAUCAACUCGGAAACGGGAGAGAUCAACCUGAAGUCGUACAUCAAGUCCAUGGAGAUCGUGCAGAACAUCACCAAGCAGAAGGACUGCAGGUGGUCUCUGGUGGUCCAAGCCCGGGACCGAGGGUCUCCGUCUUUUAGCACUACCGCCGUGGUCAACAUCGACAUCACUGAGGCGACUCAAGUCAAUGGGCCGAUGGCAGACUUUUUAUUGCAAAGUAGGGACAACCCAAUGAAGGCCCUUGGCAUGGUCGCUGGUGUCAUCAGCAUAUUGGUAGGGAUCACUGUCUUGAUCUCCACGGCUACGUUCUUGCGCAACACCAAGUCCAACAGGAUAAUGCCGGCACGUCGCAUCGUCAUCAGACGGAGACCGCCAAGGGACCGCAAGCCGUGGACUUUUAACGUACCGUUCCGUGGUAGCGGAAAUGACUCGUCAAACAAGUUCAUUGUAGGCGACCAGGAAGCAGGGAGUGUCAACGUAAACCUCAACAACAAAGGCGGCCCCCGGUGCUCCAGGUCAAAAUCCAAGCCUACGCCCCCUAGAGCUCCCUGCCUGCCCCCUCCAUCCUGCCCUCCUCCGUCCUCCAACCCCAGGCCCAGUGAGAGGCCCCGGCACUGGGCAGCAGUGCCCACCGUCUCUGAGGGCCUGACCUCCACUGGUUCCAGGACAUCCAGCCAGAGCAGGGAGAUCAACAUCAGCUCUGACACUUCUAGGAUCCCCGUCAGCUCAGCCCUGGUCUCUGAACUCAAAAUGAGACUAGAGCAGAAAAUCAUUGAGAGCAACUCAAGCUAUUAUUAAAUCUGAUUGUUGUGUGUUUUCACUCUAACCAAUCUGUCAGUAAUUGUCUCGACUUCUGAAGGUUACUCAGUCCUAGGAUUGUAAAACUGCAAAAGGAUUUACUUGAUAGCUACCUACACAAAUAGCUAGCUAGAACAAAGUGUUAAUAAGAUAAAUUCAUUUAAAAAGAUUAAAAGCCAUACAAAUAAGUUCUCCAAAGGAAGGUUGAGGACAGCAGGUUCAUUUUCUUUAAAAUGUUAUUGACGACACAAUUUCAAAGCAAGUCCUUUGUCAAAGCAAUGUUGCAACACAUUUUACUGAACCUAUUUAAUCCAACCACUUCUACAUGUGUUCUUAAAGAUGUUAACAUCACGUUGGACACUUGGGCCCUGGUCCACAAUAGUGCAGUAUUUAGGGAAAUAGGGUGCCUCUUGGGAUGCACACUCUGUUAUCCACCAUUAGAAAUAACUAGACUUGUUUCUGCUCUGCCAUCUUGAAGAUCAUGUAAUGGGAUAUUGUUAGACAAGUCGUUGCAUUGCUGCCAUCUUGAAGAUCAUGUAAUGGGAUCCUUGUUAGACAAGUCUUUGCAUUGCUGCCAUCUUGAGGGAAACAACAUGUUAACAAGAAUGUCUGAGGGAAGGAUUACUGCGCAUUUAUGUGUAUACAGAACUGAACGUGUGUUCCUGACAUUUCCUGAAAAGUUGUAUUUUAUUUGCUUAAAAAGAUCAUGUAAUGUUUUCAUUAAUAGUGCUAUAAUAUAGAAUACGGAUUAAUGUGUAAGCUAUGUUGCCUGGCAAAUGUACUCACUUUGACUUGUGCAUCAAAGUGAUAAUGCAGCUAACGGUAUAUAAGACUAUAAGCUAUAAAAUAUGAGAUGUUCUUGACAGGAUAAAUGCCGUUGCUUUUAAACAUGAAGUGCUCAUAGACCUCUGAAGUGACAUUAUAAUUAUUAUUUUCUUCUUUUUUUUUCAAUUUAAAGUUUUAUUUCGUUUUCUUUAGUGUUUCAAUCAACCAA